AUGUCGUUUGAAUCAAGUUAUAAAAGCCAUAUUUCAACUUCCGACUCCUCCAAUUCUGAUGAUCUUGCCAAUUCUAAUCAAGCAAAUUAUAGAAGACGUUAUGAAAGGCGUAGACAAGCAAACCAUAUGAUGGAUCAUAUGAUGGAUGGCUUCAUAAUGGCCAAUCCAGCUGAAAUAUACGCCGCGGUCAAUCAAGUUCCUAGGGCACCUAGGACUCUAGUUCCAAGAGAUCGUGAAAGUGGACCCGACCGCUUAUGGAGUGAUUACUUUGCAGAUAAUCCUAUCUUCCCUCCAAAUUAUUUCCGCCGAAGAUUUCGCAUGCAAAAAUAUGUCUUCCUCCGUAUAGGGGAAGUCUUAACUACUCGUAAUGAAUUCUUCAAACAUAGGCCAGAUGCCACUGGUAGACUUGGUGCUUCUGGAUUACAAAAGUGCACAACAGCUAUACGAUUGUUAGCAUACGACACAUCAUUUGAUUCAGUGGACAAUCAUCUACGAAUUAGUGCGUCUCUUGCAAGAGAUUCAUUGCAACUUUUUGUUGAAGGUGUUGUCUCCCACUUUAGUGAUGAAUAUCUGAGACAACCUACUGAAAUAGAUUAUUAUUUGCAGCUGAACAAUGGGGAUCACCUGGCAUGA